UGGCCAGAUCUAGCUAUAAAAUAGCUAAGUUGGCAACAGUGUUGAGGACAUUUGUUAUUGUUUUCAUCUAAAAACUAAAAUAGCAAAUGCUUAGAAACCACGUAAAACUCAAUAAUAUUUUAAUAAUAAAUGGCUAUAUAGGGUAUCAAACAUGUCACUGCCGCGUAUAACGGACUAUGAAAUACUCGAGAAGCUUGGAUCGGGCAGUUAUGCCUCUGUUUAUAAAGCGCGUCAUAAAAAGCAACGGACUUAUCAUGCUAUCAAGUACGUGGAAAUGUCCACACUAUCACAAAGCUCGCGCGAUAAUCUAAUUACGGAAAUACGCCUCUUGCGUGACCUUAAACACAAGUACAUUGUGACGCUUCAGGAUUUCUUCUGGGAUGACAAGAACAUUUAUAUUGUUUUGGAGUACUGUAACGCUGGCAACUUAUCAGCCUUUAUACGAACCAAGAAAGCUCUGCCGGAAACAACAUGUCGUUACUUUCUGCGUCAAUUGGCGGCUGCCGUACAAUAUAUGAGAGCAAAUGACAUUUCGCAUUUUGAUCUCAAGCCGCAGAAUCUUCUGCUGACUCGUGGCGCCAACAAUGUCUCUUUAAAGGUUGCGGAUUUCGGUUUUGCGCAACAUCUGAAGCUGGGCGAAAUUAAUGAACAGCUGAAAGGAUCUCCGCUUUACAUGGCACCUGAAAUAGUGCGAAAGCAUCAGUACGAUGCCAAGGCCGAUCUCUGGAGCGUUGGCGUCAUUCUAUAUGAGUGUCUGUUCGGCAAGGCGCCAUACAGUUCGAGGACAAUUGAGGAGCUGCUGUUGCGCAUAAAAAAUGCUGAACCAAUUGUACUUCCACCAAAUGCACGUAUCAGCAACGAGUGCAACGACUUGUUGCACCGCCUUCUGGCACAUGAGCCUGCGGAGCGCAUUUCCUUUGCGGAUUUCUUUGCACAUCCGUUUCUAGAUCUCAAAACAUUUCCCUCGGAGCAGACAUUUAAGAAGGCCAUUGAUUUGGUCACUCAGGCGGUGGAGCAUGAUGAGAAAAAUAACUGCAAAGAGGCAUAUUAUUUGUACUGCAGUGCAUUACAGUAUUUUGUACCUCUCAUCACUGAGGAAUCAGAUGCUACUCGACGACAAGCGUUGCGCAAUCGUGCUUUAGCGUACAUGAAACGCGCCGAGGAAAUCAAAAAUGUCAUUAUUGAGGAUGAGUACAAACUGUUGGCGCAACGCAACCAGAGUCAAAAGUCAGCACUGCCAUCUACGACGCAGCCAGCUGGAAAAGUUGACCCCGACAGCGCGGCUGGAACCAGCCAAGCAAGCAGCUCACGCAUGAUGGAAAUGCUUGAGCCGGAUGUGCGAUAUAAGCAACUUUAUGCGCUAUCGAGUUCGAGUCCGUCCUUAAAGACUGGUCUGGAAAUCGGGCGACAGGGCGAGCUAUAUCUCUAUGAACGGAAACUGGAUGCUGCCUUAGAGUCGUAUACUUCUGCACUGGGCAUUCUGGUGCCGUUUGUGAACAAUGAACCGAAGGGAGAACGUCGCAAUUUGUUGCUACAACAACUGGAGUUCUGGAUCAAAGAGGCCGAGAGCAUUAAAAGCAUUUUGAGCGCAAAGAAUUUGGAUGAGGAGGAGCAAAAGCUGUCCACGUUUUCCAUUCCACGAUUUCCACAUUUUCACCUGGAUAUCAGACCACACAUUUAUUUGUUCUUAUGCAUUGUGAUUAAUUUAAUAAACGCUGUUUAGUCUGAAAA